AUGAAAUUCAUUCAACUAAUAUCGCAAAAGAUCAAGGUAUACUUAUCCUCUCGCAUCUCGCCGCCACAUCUUAGACUAUCUGCAUUCUUGAUUUCCUUACUUUCAUGUCUAGUUUCAGGAUCGAUACUUUUAUUUACCCUUUUUGCACCAACCUUCCACUCGCUUUUAGGGUUAACUUAUUUACAGAUUAAUUUCAUAGCAUCUGUUUCUAUUGGAGGGAUGUAUUUGAGUCUACCUAUCCUUGGAUAUCUUUCCGACUGUUAUGGACCAUCUAUCCUACUGUUCUUGUCGAUGUGGCUUUUUGUGCCAGCAUAUUUUUGCAAUAGUUUGCUAGUAAGCAAACAGUAUGCUGGGGUAUGGAUCUAUGCAAUAACGUUUGGAAUGAUUGGGUUAGCCACGUCGAGCUUGUACUUCUCCAACUUGUUGACAUGCGCCAAAAUUUUCCCACACCACAAGGGAUUGGCCAUCUCGUUACCCGUGACUUGUUAUGGAUUAAGUGCGUUAUUAGGCUCUCAAGUAUUGAAAAUGGAACAGUUUAAAUACAUAAAUAAAGCAGAGAAUGAAGGAAGAAUAGGGUGGGUUCAAGGCAAUGACAAAGAUCAUGAUGAUAGCAAUAAUGUGCUCAACUUAGUAAGGGCUUUCGAAUUCUUUGCGUUGCUUUAUUUGAUUGUGGGCAUUUUAAGUUUUGUAUCAAGUUCAAUAGUCAUAGUUGAGCAAGAUGCAAUAUUUGAAGAGUUUGAAGACAUGAUUACUGGAGAUACCACUAACGCUACUUCUUCCGCUUCCGCAUCAGCAUCUGCCUCCUCUUCCGGCAAUAUAAACACCGACAGCUUUGAUCUGGGUGCAUCUGAAACGACACCUUUACGUCAUGACUCAGCUCAUUCAUACAAUGAGUUAACUCCACUGAGAUCACGUAGAUCGAUGGAUCCUCCAAACCAUAAGCAACGAUACUUGAGAUUUCUCAAAGAUAUCUCUGCUUGGGUUAUUCUUAUUUCCUUAAUACUUAAUAUUGGACCUUUGGAAAGUUACCAGAACAACCUCAGCUCCAUUAUUGCAUUAACAACAGCACCGACCAUGCCAUCGAGUGCCAAGUCGCUGGAUUUAUCGAAUAAAGUGGGUCUUUUAGCUACAUUUUCUACAUUAUCCAGGCUCAUUCUUGGGGUUCUUAUUGACCUUUUCCAAUCUCAUAAAUUAAACCCAAUCUGGCUUCUUGUCUGCACCAUAGUUGUGGGAAGUUUUGGUCAAUGGUAUAAUAACAUUAUAUUAAGUGGUAUCGCCUAUGGUGGUCUAUUUACUAUAUACCCAACGAUUGUCGCCUCAGUGUGGGGGAUAGAUAUCAUGGGUUCGACAUGGGGUUCAUUGAUGAUUGCACCAGCUAUUGGAUCAAUAAUCUAUUCUUUGUUUUAUGGAAAGAUUGCCGAUCAGGACCUAGCCAACCCGGAAAAUGGAAUCGGUGCGUAUUUUGUAAGUACCUCGAUCUCAUUAGUGGUUAGUUGCGUAUUGGUGCUAAUGGCUUAUAAAGUCUGGCGUAAACGCGGUCAACUCCUUUCUUAG